CUGGGCCCAUACACUGUUUGUCUCAUUUUGUGAAAAGAUAUAACUCUUGCCUGACGUCCAGGCAUCAACUCGCUUUUCAGUAACAACUCGAAAGUGAAAGCGAAAGUUUGAUCCUCAUAUCGGACUUCGAAGUCGUUUCAGCUCCGCAUGGCGUAAUUUGUAUCUUGUACUCCGUCAAUUCAGCCACGCAGCCUCCCAAUACACUUGGUAUAUAACAACCGCCCAGACUUCGAAGUCCUGCACAAGCAUCACCAAUACGGUUCCCCGUCCAUCCUCAUCAACGACAACCCUCGCUAUGGCUCCCACACCGGUGAACAAUCUCUCUGCCGAACCUUUGGCUACCUCGGAGCCCGACGAGAGCUACUGGAAGCCUGCAAACAUCGCAUUCACGGCAGUAGCCAGUGCCCUCGCUCUCGGAAUCAUUCUUGCUGUAAUAGCCUUCCUUGUUUACAGACACCGACAACAUAAGAAGAUCAAUCGGUCGAUACCCGCGAAAGAAAGUCUUCUGGAGGGCGACGAGCGCAAGUUGAGCAUGUUCAGCCGUGAGAGGGCUAGUAGCGUCACAGUAUACGUGGACAAUGCAAACACAGAGAAUGCAUACAAGCGCGUCAGCCAGAAGCCCACACCACUAGCACCCCUUCGUGUCAGCACGCACACACCCGUACCGACUGCAAGCGCAGGCAGCGGCAUCAGUGAGCUGAGCAGGCACAGCAAUAGCACGCUCGGCACAAUGAUGCUAAGCCCGGGCUCAGAAGGCUCACGGCCAUCGCGACCACAAAGCACCAGCACAUCGAGUGUUCGCUAUUAUGCGGUCAUACCUACGGAUAUCACAACACCUGUGCCAAAGACCAUACGAACAGUAUCAGACUGAAGAGGGGAAGAUGGUGGUUAGGGUACUCAGAAUUCCUCGUUACUAUGCUUUUUCUACUCAUAUUUGCUUUCUCAUUAUACUCAUGUUCGUCUGUACGUUACACGCACAGGCAUUCAAAUUUUCACAGUCUAUCAAGAUAUCGAUUUUUCUCAAUCCCAACAGAUUUUCC